AUGCGUGAUUAUUUCGACAAGUGUUGCGGCGAUUAUGGCGCAUCGGGUGUCUACCACAUCUCCAAGGAGCCCGCCUACACACAUCCGCUAACCAAUGACUUCAUUGCAGCUGCCGAAGCUGCUGGGUUCCCCAAGGGAGAUUUGAACACCCUUCAUGGCAAGGCCGUCGGUCUCCCAGCAACCACUCAGUACGAGGAUGGGACCAAGGUGCAUGCCUACAAUGCCUAUUUGUAUCCAGCACUUGGACGCCCGAACUUGAAGGUUUUGGAUGGGGCUCGUGCAGACAGGCUCCUCAUGGACCGCGACCGUUGCAAAGGGGUUGUAUAUCGAGAAUUGGCCACCAAGACCGACCAUGUGAUUUAUGCAAAUCGAGAGGUGGUCUUGUCUGCAGGAUAUGUUUACACGCCUCGUCUCCUGUUCCUCUCGGGCAUGGGGCCAAAAAGGGAAUUGGAUGCAGUCGGCUUGCCAGUGCUGCAUGACCUCCCAGCCAUGGGCAAGCAUGUCACGUCUGCACGAUACAGCCCUUUGUCGUGGCGGACAGACAAGCCAAGUCUGACCCACAUGCUUGGCCCACCCAUCUCUCCGAUUGCUAGUCAGUUGCCUGAUGCCUACCAAAGCACCGGUCAGGAAGCUUUCGCCCGCUAUCGUUCUACCUUCAGCUCUAUGAAGCGGCCUCUAGAGAACCGAUCCGAUGUGGUUUUCAGCUUUUUGCCAAUGUACCAGGCAUUGGAAUCUGCACCUUUACAGUUUUCGCUGCAGGGCGAACCAUGGCCUUUGCAGACCAAUGGCUACACCAUCCUGGUGACUUUGGGCGAGACCGAAGCAGAUGGUGAGAUCACCUUCCCAAGUGCUUCACCGGAUGUGAGCCCCGUACUCACCCACCGACCUCUCACAGAUGAGGAUUGGAAGUUGGCAGAAGAGGCUGUUACCUAUGCCAUGACGGUGUGGAACAACUCAGCUUUGGGAGGAACCUUCAUCGGCAACGGCGCGGGCCGCCGCAAUGCGUUCUCUGCCGUUUAUGACGGCCGUGGCUCCUGCCGCAUGGGCCCAGACAGAAGCGACUCUGUGGUGGACUUCAAUCUCCGGGUACACGGCGUUCAGGGUCUUCGCAUUGCGGAUGGCUCUGUGAUCCCCCGACCUUCGCCCUACUUUGCAUUGCCGGAGGUCCUCGCGCUGGCAGAGCGGGCAGCUGACCUUAUCCUCAAGACAGAGCGGCAUGAAGUGGAGACUCAGAAUCACAGGGUUGAGAUGGAUCGGAAGAAGCCGGCUUUGGAGACAAUCUCCAUUGAACGGCUCAAGCAGGAAUGUGGCAAGUCAGCAUCUCUCUAUGAAAUGCUCACCUGGCUUGAGGCCCAUCACUCAGCAACAGAACCUGCAAAAUAG